AUGGAAAACCAGAGAAAAAGGCGACACGAGAUUGAAGAGGAGUUAUCAGAUGACGAAGAAUACGUACCUUACGUUCCUUUAAAGGAGAGGAGAAGGCUUGAGCUUGAAAAGCGAGAGAAAUUCUUGAAGAAAAAGACAGAGUCAAAUACAGCAGCGGAGACUGCACAAAAUGUUGCGCCGACGUCUUUGGAGGAAAAAGAAAAACUUGAAGAAGCGCCCAUUGGCUUGAAGGCCAACGUGAGCUUGCUGGAUCAGCACAGCGAGCUUAAGAAGAUAGCGGAAGCCGAAAAAGAAACAGACUACGAAAAACAGCUGAAAGAAGAAGAGAAGAUUUUGGACAGCAUUGCUGAGAAGAAAGUCUUGAUGGCUGUUGGGGAAAUUGCGAAAGGAAUCGUGUACACUGAUUCCAUCAAGACCGGAUGGCGUCCACCGCGUUACUUUAACUCAUAUCCGCCAGAGAAAUUUGAUAAGAUAAGGAAGAAAUGGCAUAUUCUGGUGGAAGGCGAAGAUAUACCACCUCCCAUCAAGACUUUCAAGGAGAUGAAAUUUCCUCGCGCUGUCCUGAACACACUGAAGAAGAAGGGCAUAACGCAUCCAACACCAAUACAGAUCCAAGGCAUACCAGCUGUUCUUACUGGGAGAGACAUGAUUGGAAUAGCAUUCACUGGUUCUGGGAAAACUUUGGUGUUCACACUUCCCAUUAUCAUGUUUAGUUUAGAGCAGGAGAAAGUUCUUCCAUUCCAGAGACAAGAAGGGCCUUAUGGGCUUAUAGUUGUACCAUCCCGAGAAUUGGCGCGUCAAACAUUUGAAGUUAUAUCAGAAUUUUCAAGAGCCUUGGAACUGGAUGGUCUUCCUACUUUGCGAUCUGCACUCUGCAUAGGUGGAACUAACGUUAAGGAUCAGAUGGAGGUCAUCAAAAGAGGAGUUCACAUGAUGGUUGCUACACCAGGCCGUCUGAUGGACUUGCUAGAUAAGAAAAUGGUCAAUCUUGAUGUGUGCAGAUAUUUGGUUCUUGAUGAAGCUGAUCGCAUGAUUGACAUGGGGUUUGAAGAAGAUGUGAGAACAAUCUUCUCAUACUUCAAGUCACAGCGUCAGACACUGCUGUUCAGUGCUACAAUGCCUAAGAAGAUUCAGAACUUUGCCAAAAGUGCUCUGGUCAAGCCAGUGACUGUCAAUGUAGGAAGAGCAGGGGCAGCAAGUCUUGAUGUUAUCCAGGAAGUUGAAUAUGUGAAGCAAGAAGCCAAAGUGGUUUAUCUGUUAGAGUGCUUACAGAAAACUCCUCCACCUGUGCUGAUUUUUGCAGAGAAGAAAGCAGAUGUUGACGAUAUUCAUGAAUAUUUACUGCUCAAGGGAGUUGAAGCUGUUGCUAUCCAUGGUGACAAAGAUCAAGAAGAAAGGGAAUAUGCAAUGAGAUGUUUUAGACAAGGAAAGAAAGAUGUUAUGGUUGCAACAGAUGUUGCCUCCAAAGGCCUUGACUUCCCCAAUAUUCAACAUGUUAUCAACUAUGACAUGCCUGAAGACAUUGAAAACUAUGUCCACAGAAUAGGCCGUACUGGCCGAAGUGGGAAGACUGGAGUUGCUACCACAUUCAUUAACAAAUCUUGUGAUGAAUCUGUCUUGUUGGAUCUGAAGCAUCUGUUACUAGAAGCAAAACAGAAACUGCCUCCAGUUCUUGCAGCCUUACAGGCAGAAAAUGAAGGCUAUCUUGAUCUUGGUGAAGAACGUGGUUGUGCUUAUUGUGGUGGUCUUGGGCACAGAAUUACUGAAUGUCCAAAGCUGGAGGCAAUGCAAACCAAACAAGCUGGAAACAUUGGAAGGAAGGAUUAUCUAGCACCUGGUGCUGCAGACUGGUAA